UGAAUGGAAGGUGGAAUAAAAGUGGUUCCGUCCACCUAAAAUCUGCUAUUCAAACUUUUGUCGUAUAAGCAUCGACACUAGUAUAAAUAAAAGAAAAUGCAAAGAAAGCUCUAGUCAGACUGAGUAACUUAGAAAGAUCUCAAAAUAAUGGAUCUACAUGUUCUCCAAACCACGGUAGUUAAUGCAUUAAAGAGCUUCAUGGACGAAACUCUUCCUGCCGUCCAUAAUUCGAUUUCCCAGUUGAGCCGCGUGGAGGACCUUCAAACUGCUUUGACACAUCUUCGUAGUCUCAAGACUUUGGUCACCAACCCCGAAAAUUUUGAUGGGGUUCUUAAUCAAGAAGCAACUGACCGUUUGGAUUUUGAGAGAGGGCGUGUAAGACAACGGAUUGAUCGAUUACGUGCAAGGCUUGAAUCUCUUAACGAACUUAUUAUCAUGGGGCAUAACCAUGCUUUGAAUAUGGAGCGUGUUGUGUCUCGUCUCAAUGGAAUUGAUAUAGACACAGAUCCGGCUGGUAUUCUUGGGGCUCCAGUUGUUUAGACAAAUAAGUUCAUUUGGUAUGUUUUGUUGUUUUAUGAAAAACUUAUGCUCUAUUGCGAAUAAAGAAACAAGUCUCUAUUGGUUUCAUUCAUGAUG